CGGAAAAAGUGACUUAUUAUAUUUUCUCAUAGUAUUUGAACCAUUUGUUUUGUGUUUUCUUAAAAUUGCUUUCUUGGGAGAAAAUGGAAGUGGGAUCUGUUGAGGGUAGUUUCCUGUUUAAUUAUCACAUGCCACACACUACAAGACUCUGUUUGGUCUGUGGUGCAUGUCUGAUGUGGAUCACCAAUGAUUUCUAGUAAGACCAAUGUGACAAUGAUUGCUCAUAUUGGUAUAUGUAAAUUUUCUUUCUAUUAUUCUCCUAAAGUGAGGGUUUAGUUUAGUAGAAGCGGUUGAUCACACCACUAAUGAUUUUAUUGGCUUUCAAGUUGUAGAAAGCAGAAAACAAUUAACAAAAAUGCUGCCACAGCGGAUGAAGAAAGCCAUCACUGACAACCCAAAGAAACUUGCCAACUUGAUUGACCUUGUAAAUCUUCCUUCAACGCUCCGAGAAUUUGUGGGUCAAUCUCAGAUCUCUCGUUUGGGCUGUUUCAUGCGUGUCUGGUCAUACAUCAAGGCCAACAAUCUCCAGGUCCUCCAUCUCUCCCUUAUGUUUAUAUAUUCAAUUAUGUAGUUGAAAGUUUUAGAAAGUACAUAUAUUUUUUCUUAAGUAACUAUAACUUGUAUGAUUGAUUAACAAUCCAUGAUGCACAUACUACUGAUUGUGUCUUUAUCUUACGUGGAUCCUAAUGCAUUAGGUUUUGUGGUUUCAUUUGGGAAAUGUGAGAAUAGUUUUUUAAUGAUUUAACAAAUGUAAUGAUCUCUCAUUUCCAUAUAUUCCAUCAUUUUUCUCAUUACUACAUUAGUUACUCACUUCAAAAAAUGUUGUCACUUUACUUUUGU